AACUCAAUUUCAAUUGUUCAAUUUAUAAAAAAACUAUUUAUUAUUUUUUAGUCACAGUUUAUUUUUAAGUUGAUUGCUGAGUGAAGUAAUUGUUUGCACUUAUAUGUACAAACGAAUUUAUUUUAAACGAAAUGAUAUAACGUGUGAUUUAUAACACACUUAGAUAGUGCCACUCAUUACAAAUAUUAAAAUGAACAAGCAAUUUUUUGUAUCAUUUGUGAUCCUUGUUACUCCAAAUAUUUUAUUGCAUUGUGCUUCGGCAGCUGUGCACAGCCACAGCCUGGAUAAUGAAAAUGUGGAACGUGAUUCAGACGGGGCAUACCGGCCUCGCGACGCCGAACACUACAGUGAUUCUGAGCACAACGUAGAAUUCGAUCAUGAAGCGAUACUAGGAAGUGUCAAGGAGGCCGAAGAGUUUGAUAAGCUGAGUCCUGAGGAGUCAAAGAGGCGGUUGUCACUGCUACUACCCAAGAUGGACCUGAAUGGGGACAAUUUUGUUGACCGUCAGGAACUACAGAAGUGGAUUUUGAAUUCCUUUGUAAAACUGUCUCAUGAAGAGGCAGAGGAACGUAUGGCUGAGACUGAUGAGAACAAAGACGGCAUAGUGACAUGGGUGGAAUACUUGAGAGAUUCUUUUGGAGUAGACACAGAGGAAGAGAUCAGUCCUGAUGAUACUGGUGACACAGGCAUGCAGAUGGUUCGCGAUGAGAAGAUAAUGUGGAAGGCAGCAGACGCUGACGGCGACGGCAGCCUCGACCUCCGCGAGUUUGAGGUGUUCACAAACCCUGAAGAACACCCGGCCAUGCACCCGCUGAUCAUAUCUCAGACGCUGCGAGAGAAGGACGCAAACAAGGACGGAGUGCUCGACUUCAAAGAGUUCGUGGGAGAAAGAGGUGUACAGCAAGAUAAGGAGUGGGUGACGGGCGAACGUGCCAAGUUCGACGAGGAGCUGGACUCUAACAGCGACGGCGUGUUGGAUGCUGCGGAAAUUAAGCGCUGGACCAUCCCCGACAACCUUGAGAUAGCUGAGGAGGAGGUGGACCACCUGUUCGCGUCCGCCGACGACGACCACGACGACCUGCUCUCGUUCGACGAGAUCCUGCAGCACCACGACGUGUUCGUCGGCAGCGAGGCCACCGACUACGGCCACGAACUGGACCGGUUCGACGACGAGCUCUAGGAGCUGCGAGAUACUAGUCGGUAACGCCUCGUGCCACUCCGUUGAACAGAACGGUAAAACAAAAGAUAUCUUUACAAAACAACCCGAAUUGGAUAUUUAACUGAUUAGAAAUUGUAAUAUAAAACGCUGCCAUAAUCAAUAUAACUAUAUUAAGGUGGGUACAGACUAGUGAAACGUAACAUGAAAUGUAUCAUUCAACCUUUCAUGUUCGCUCCAAGCGUGGAUACAAACCGCGCUCAUACUGCGCAUUUACUACGAACCUAUAUCUUUAAUAUAUAUUACGUGACACAUUGUUUGUUCGCGAUGGACUCCUAAACUAAUGAAUGGAUUUUAAUGGGUAUUACUUCAUAGAGUGCAGUUUAGUCCAACUUGAGAGAUAGGAUAGUUUUUAUUUCGAUUUGGGACCCAUAAUUAUUUUUACUUUCAAUAUGGACAUAUUUUCUAUGAGAGAAUUAAGUGACACACGGUUUGACAGUUCCACUGUGAAACAAUUUCAAUAUAACAACAGGGAGCAUUUUUUACGAAAUAAAUCUUGAUAUUUUGAAAUAUUAUUAUUGGCAAAUUCCUAUAAAACAGUAUUUUUUUUUUAUUAUCUACAGAACAACGUCUGUCGGGUAUGCUAGUUAUUAUAUAUAUUACUAUAGUGAUGUAUCUGUUUGUUUCCUUAAUAAAUAAAUCUCCCGCUUACGUUUUUUCUGCCGUUCAACCGCAAACGCGUCCCUUUGUGUUCGUUCGAAACACCGCUGUUUGUAAUGCUCGUAGCGUGUGCGUGAAAUGCACAUAAGAAAUUGUUACAAAGUAUGUUUGUACCUUUCAUGAUACAUUGCAGCGAUACACUUCAUGUUACGUCUCACCAAUCUGUACGCACCAUUAUAUUAAUACCGUAUUAUGUAUUUAGAAUAUUUUAAGUAAAUUACUGAAUAGGUUUCUUAUUAUGACGGCGUUGAUCAGGAGAAAUAUUUUGAAUUAUUUAUCAACAUACAUGACACAUGUCAUAAACCGUCGUGGGAAUGUGACAAACACUGAAUUUAUAAUUUAUUUUUGGUAUUUCGAGGUUCACUGUGUAAAUUGUGAUGUAAAUGUUAAAUAAAACUCUACUAUACUUUGUAAGACUCAUAUUCAAAGAUACAAUUCGUAGGUACUUAAGACAAUAAUAACUAAAUCAAUUUUCAAUAACUAUGUAACCGAAUAUUGAAUACGAAUGAAAUUUUAACAUAAUUAUUUUGAAACAAAACGUAUUUUAGCGAUUAAACGUUUUGUAUUUUAUAAAUAGCAUUAUUGAUAUUGGUUCCGGUGAGAUGUAAUAAUUGUACAGUUGGAUAUUGUGUCUUUCGGACAUUCGUUUUUUGAUGUUUGAGAAUUUAAUUUUCAUCUUCAUAUUUACAAUUUCAAUUUGAAUACUUAUGAGCUACUUAAUGUAAAAAUAUAUUAUAUAUUAAUAAUAAUUAGAUUUAGUACCAAAAACAGCCUAACCCAUACUUAAUGUAUUAAUUUAAUAAUUAAUAUUAAUUAAUCUAUCAAUAAUAUUGAAUAUAUAUUAUCUUGAAGUGUUUAGACUAAUUAUUGAUAUACGAUUUUAUAUACAUACUUGACUGGCUGAAGCAGUUGGAAGGUUUAAAGGUAUUUUUGAAAAGGCAUAAUAGGCAAAGUUUUUUUCUUUUCUUUUUACGUACUAAUCACACUCGACUUUUAUUUCAAGAAACUAUGCUAAUCUUAUGUUAAUCAUCUUAAUAAACUAAUAUUGAAACUACUCAAUUGUGUUAUGUAAGAAUUGAAUGAAUGAACUCAAUAAAUAAUCAUGUGGUGGUUUGUAGCUAGUUAAAUAUGUCCCGCCAUUCAAUCAUUUUUCUGUAUAAAAUACAAAUAAAAAGAAAAACUUAAUCUUAGACAGACAGAAGUUGUGAAGGUCACCGCGCCCAGAUCGAGUCACCACUCGACAUCAUAAUAUGUAAUCUAUAAUUAUCUACAAUCUAAGUCCCACUGCCUGUCGUCCAUUUUGGAAGAGACAGAGUGGGUUUGCCAGAACCGCGGGCGGCGACGUGGAAAUAUCACGGCGGCGGCCGCGCGGCAUUGGAAGCAACAGGCCUACAGCCGGGAACAGGCCUCUUCCCGAUUGCAGGCCGUGUAGUAAUGGUAGUAGUAUAUAGGUAGUACAGGUUUAAGAAUACUACGCAUAUACAUGCAGGGGUGCCCUGGAGCUUCAAAUGCCAAAAGAAGAAGAAAGCCAUUUUAAUAAAUGAUUCAAAGGCUGAAAAAACAUUAUACUAUAAUUGUAAUUGGCAUUGGGAUGUUUUUUUUUGUACAUUUAAGUCGGUUCGAGUCCCAGACGAGGCAAAUAAUUUUUAGAAAAUCUUUGAAUGCAGAAUUACUAACUUUUAAAAAUAACAUAAAGUCUUCUUUCAGUAAAAUACCCUAUCUACGAUAUUUAAGGUACUUCCCCUUCAUGUCCCAUAACUUUGGGACACCCUGUAUAAUGUAUCGCAUGACCAGUCCGGGCAAUAAAUUCUAAUGGUUAUUGGUAAUUUUGAUCGGUUUGAUCAAUGGUUGGACGCGUCCUUCUCCAUUGAAUACACGUUGUUAGAAAAUUUAUUGAAUUAGGCGUUACUUUGCGGAAAUCCAUAAUUAUACAAAUGAUUUAGGUUUUCUUUAGUGUUAAUUCCGCCAAUAUUUGUUUUUAAAAACAAUUCGACACGUGUUUCGCCUCUACACGAGGCAUCCUCAGGACGUGUUGUCUCGCCAAAAUCUGGCGCGAGACUAAAACCUGGAGUCUAUUGGCGGAAUUAACACUAAAGAAAACCUAAAUCAUUUGUAUACACGUUGUUAUCUCAUCAUCGCCAUCAUCGUCAGCCGGAAGACGUCCACAGCAGUGAAGGCCUUUGUCAAUGUAUCAUUGGGACGAAAGUAUGAUUUCCCUACUCUGGUCGUUUGAGGCUACAAACCACACCCUCGUAGUAAUCAUUAAUACUACCCUUUGAGAGCAAUGUGCCAUUAAGUUCUUACAAUGAUAACAUAAUUUAGACACACUUUUACACAAAUCUUUCCCAAACUAGGAAUAGCUUGUACCAUGGGUACAAGACAACGAUACAUUUAAUGAAAUAUACUUACAUACUUAAACAUACAUAAAAACAUCCAUGACUUGGAAACAUUCAUCAUUUAAAUGUUUGCACCUACCGGGAUUCGAGCUUGGGAACUUGCAGGCAGGAUCACCAACCACUGGGCUAUAUGGGUCAUAAUACAAUUCGUUAUUCGGAAGCGUGACCAAGUGGCGAGUGUUACCGUGGCUCGUGUUGCACAAAUAACGAAACAAGCACGCACACCAUGUAUGUUGCUAACAAUAUUGUUUAAUAUUAAUGUCAAUAUAAUAUUUAACUUUUAUAAGUAAAAUAAUUAAAAUAUGAUCAUGAAACAAUAUUUCAUUACAUUCUUCUAUGAAAGAAGAAGCUCUUUUGUCAGUUAAAUUUAUAUCAGGUUGCCAUAUUUUUGGUUAUUUUUCAUAUGUUUUCAGAUGGAAAAUUAUACCAAGUACCUACUAAAAAUUUCUUUUUGUCUAUUAAUUUGCCAAUCACUCCCUGUUGCAUUUAAAUUAUUAUUAUUAUAUAAUAAUAUAUACAGCGUGACGCUUCAAUGGCGACACUUAAUGAACACACCGAUAGAACUACUUAAAUAAGUAAUUUAAAUUUUCAAACAAAUUAUUUAUUUGGGUAACAAAAUUUUAAUUACCCUUACGUGAUCGCAAAAGAUCGCACGAAGAUCUGAAUCUUACGAAACAAGCUUAACGUGUUUAACAGCAACUAAUUGGAAAAGAUCAUUUUAUGAAUAUGUCAACAAUUUACAAAGGAAAGUAAGCUGUGUUUUGAUACAGUUUUAUUGUUAUAAAGUCUUGCGCAAAAAACGCCAUUCCAAAUGGUGUCAAUACAACCGUUAAAAGUUAAUACCAAUUCAUCAGUAAUAUGACACGACUCAUUUUCUGAAGUAAUGGUGAGAAACUAGUCAUAUGCAUUUGUUAGUUUACAGUACCUCCUAUAAGUUAUGCACCUGUCACCUGUCAAGUAUUUAAACCGAAUUAAUUAUUAUUGAGAUCACUGACAACUAGGUGACCCAGUCGCGGGGGAAAGACGGACGGAAACGUCGGUUGAAACUGCAACUGCAAUCAAUGAGCGCUAAAAACAUGUUACAAUAUUCUCUAUUUGUUGUGUUAAAUAUUAACAUAAGUGCUUAUAAUGUACUUAAUUACAGCAAGUUAUAAUUAAGCCUCAAAUGCAGGUAUUAGAAAACUUAUUCCUAUAACCCUAACUGUGUGUUGGGCGAUAAAACUUUAUUAUGCUUAUAACUAUUUAAACCUGACUAUUUGCCAUUUGGAAUUUUACUAUCGAAAUAGUCAAGUGUUGUGUUUGAAUUUGCGGUUUUGACUGCGCAUACCUUCUGAGGUGAGCACUGCACAUGUGCAACAUAUACUACAAUAUGCAGAACGCACCUUUACAGUAUACGGCGCUGGACAGAUACAUGCAGUGACAGAUACAACAUAAAUUAUUGUAUUAGUUCGAAAACACUCACUAGAGUCACAAAUGCUUUCAGCGCCAAAAUGGCGGACAUAAAUUGUAAUCAAUGCGUGUGGCGAAAAAAAACGAAAGAAUGUUAAUAUACAUAUAAAUGGUUACUAAUAUAUUUAAGCCAUAACUUAUAUCCUCAUUUUAAGUGCCAAAUUAAGGUCAUAGCUCAUUAGAUCAAUCCAUCACUUAACCCGCACCGGAUAAAGUAUAAACGCUCACUACAUUUGAUCCGUAACGUCACCGGAACUCUUCGCGCGCCUACCUGCCCGCAUGUUUUUUUUGUUUUAACUGCACAUUGUCCCCGCAUCGCAUGGGUCCUGAAUAUGUGUUGAGAUGCUAUUUAAUAUUAUUCUUAAUUUUGAAACAAGUAUCUUAUAGUAUCAUAAAGUAGGUACACUAGGGAGUUAUUGCUAUGCGAUGCGAGUUGUCGAUGACGCCAAAGAAUAUGUAAUAGGACAAAUACAGAAGGCUCUCCGCAAUCAAUAAAAAAAAACAACCACCACUAGUUCCGUGUGGAACUCGCGACGCUCAUUGGUGACAAAAAACGGCGAAGCCGUAUACCAAUACGGCUGUUGCCGGGUAGGUGUAAUGAGCUAUGACCAUUACACUUGUCGUGGUCAGUGACAUGAAGUCAUUAGUAUAUUAUAUAUAUUUAUACUUUAAUAUAACUCAAUUUGUAACCCAUUAGAGAAGUAUGAAGCAAUUCUGAUGAAGAUACAAAUAGAUAGUCGCUAAUUAUAUAUUUUUCGUACGCAAUAUUUGUAUUAAAAUAAUUAAUGUGAAAGUAUACAUACCUUUUAGCUAUUAUUUUUAUGUGUUUGCGUAGUACAUACAGUAAUUAAAUUUAUUUAAACAG